AUGUUUUCUAUUCUAUUCGUUACUUGGCUUUUAAUAUUUAACCAACAAUUAAUAAGCAAGACUGAUGGUUUCAUUAUUGAAUCGGGUGAAGAUGAACUCGAUAAAGAAAUUGUGGAUACAACUGAAAAUACUCUUGAAAGCGAUGACGACGAUGAUCAUUCUCACAAUACGGUAAUUACUAAAAAUCCAAAAUCGAAUUCGUCAGCAAAUGAUAUUAUUGAAUUAAAUGUUGGUGGUCAACGAGUGACAACAUUUCGUUCCACUCUCACUGCUGUGCCUGGUUCAAUAUUAGCAUCGAUGUUUACUGUAGAUGAAAAAAACAAAACGAAGUCGAAACGAAUAGAACCGGUUGCAUACUUUUUUGAUUAUAAUCCUGCGCAGUUUACAUAUUUACUUGAUCAAUUGAGAGAAAUAAAACGCAUGGUAAAAUUCAUCCCAUCUGAACUUGAUAUUAAGCCACCGAGCGCGGAUGUACGUUUUAAUUUCUCUAUUAUGCUCUCUGAACUCGGAUUGAAUCCUGAACGAUUCUUGUCACCAAUUGUUGGUAUUCAUCUUAAUUUGAAUAAAACAUCUCUCGUUGGAUGGAAAGAAUGUUAUCGUGGUAGAUAUAAUACACCAUUCAAUGUUUCAGUAUUGACCAACAUUUGCAAAGGCAAGCGACUUCUUGUUGCCUGCCGUUCUCUUGACGACAGAAAAACGUUGGCUGUAGCUGGUAUAGGUCAACGUCAAAAUAUGUUUAAACCAUGUACGUCAAAUCCUUACUGUACAACUGAAAAGAAUAACGGCCUAGGUUUUUACUAUGUAACAGAUCGUGUUUGGGGUUUUGAAGGACGUCCUCAGGGUUGGAUUGAGCAUCAGAAUUAUGGAUAUGGAUAUCAAAAUAAUGGAGCUAUUUUAAAUCCUUGUGAUACAAGCGAUCAGCAUUCUGAAUAUCGGCUCUGUUGGUCAAUUCCAUCGAGUGCUGGCCGUGGUAGUGGAGACAGAUGUGGAAGUGAAAAAAACCUUCACAAUUCGAAACGAUGGGAACGUCUGAUUUUUGAAACUAUCUAA